AUGCCACCUUAUUCAUACCCAAGUUUUGAAGAGAUUGAAGCCAAAGAAUGGGCAUCAAAUACGGUAGAAACUAUUCUUACGGAUAUAACACCUGUAUCAUUUCAAUCUGAUUUCUGCGACAAACCCAAGAAAUUAAAUAUUCUGAUAAAUGACAUUGUUUUCCGAAAGGAUAGAGAGGACAAUCCACUGAGACGGUCAUUCUCAUUUCUCGAAGAAAACUUAUUUUCCCCCAACAACAAUGACGAGAAGGAGGGACAAAAGAAUGCUCGAAGAUCACAGAGCACAAUCUUGCCAAGUACCAGUUAUGCAAAUAGCGGUAAUAGUAGGACCGCGGCCGUCAUCACACAAUCGGCGCCAACAUCACCAACAAACAAACUGUCGUCUCAACCUUCCUUUUCUAGCCGUAUCCGUGAUACUUGGCACAUGGAUCGUGCAUCUAAUAAUAUAAAAAAUACAACUGACAUAUUUGAUCAUAAAAAAUCAGUUCAGCUAUCAAAGUUCAUCAUGACUGAGCUUUUGACGACCGAGGAAACGUAUUUAAAUCAUCUCAUGACAAUCAAAAACUUUUAUAUGGACCCAUUACAGGCAGCCGCCCAAAAGAAAUCAUCCCUCGUCAAUCAAAAGGACAUUGAGAUCAUUUUUGCAUUUAUACCACAACUUAUCAUUUUAUCAACGUCUCUUGUACAAAGAUUACAUGAAACAAUUGCUUUACAUGACGAGAACGAACAUAACGAUGCGUACAUUGGAAAGGUGUUCUGUGGUUUAGAAUCUUUUUUUGAUAUAUACAUUGCAUACACAGUUAAUUUUGCCAAAUCUAAGAAGCACCUAUCAAAAGCCAGUUCUAGUAUUGUUUAUAGACAGCUUGUUCAAGAUACUAUGCGAAAGAAGACAACAAAUAGAAUGAUUUUAUCUGAUUACAUGAUUGCGCCAAUUCAAAGAAUCACGCGUUAUUGCCUUUUAUUAAAAGAUCUUCAGAAAUAUUCUAGUCCAUGCAACCCGGAUCACGUUUAUUUAGAAAAGACAUUAAAAUGUCUCUCUGCACUUGCAUUUGCCAUGAAUUCUGUUCAGUAAGAAAUCCUAUUGUUUCUUAUUUAACCUCCCCUUUCCCCUUUCAUUUGUAAAUAUUUUUGUCACUUAUUAUCCCACUUAUACAUACAUUAUUCCCCCUCUUAUAAAAAAAAUAUACAUAAAUAAAUAUAUUUUUACUGCAUCAACCUUUU